UAGUUUCCCUACCGCCAGCAUGAAGAAGCAGAACGUACGGACUCUGUCGCUAAUCCUUUGCAUGUUUUCUUACUUGCUGGUGGGAGCCGCAGUCUUCGAUGCGCUAGAGUCCGAAUCCGAGAGUUCUCGAAAAAGGAUCUUGGAGCUCAAGCGCAACGAAAUGAAGAAGAAGUAUCGCUUCUCAGAAGACGACUAUCGGGAGAUCGAGCGAGUGGUUCUGCAAGCUGAGCCCCACCGCGCCGGCAGGCAGUGGAAAUUCGCGGGCUCGUUUUACUUUGCCAUCACAGUUAUCACUACCAUAGGAUAUGGCCAUGCUGCUCCAGGAACAGAUGCUGGGAAAGUGUUCUGUAUGUUUUAUGCGGUGCUGGGGAUCCCUCUUACUUUGGUAAUGUUCCAGAGCUUGGGUGAAAGGAUGAACACAUUUGUCCGGUACCUGCUAAAGAAAGUCAAAAGCUGUCUAGGUAUGAGGAGGACAGAGGUCUCAAUGGAGAAUAUGGUGUUAGUUGGCUUUCUUUCCUGCAUUGGGACACUCUGCAUUGGGGCUUCUGCUUUCUCUCACUUUGAAGGCUGGACUUUCUUCCAUGCCUACUAUUAUUGCUUCAUUACACUCACAACCAUUGGCUUUGGGGAUUUUGUAGCUCUCCAAAAGAAGGAGGACCUUCAAGAAAAAACACCCUAUGUGGCCUUCAGCUUUAUGUACAUUCUUGUUGGGCUGACGGUGAUCGGAGCAUUUCUUAAUUUGGUGGUCCUUCGUUUUCUGACCAUGAACUCAGAAGAUGAAAGAAGAGAUGCAGAGGAACGUGCCUCAAUAAAAAGAGAGCGAGAUAUGAUUGCAUUGAGCAUGGGGGAAGAUGGCAGGAGCCACAGCACUCUUUUUUUGCCUAUGGAGGAAGGGACGAGCCGAACUAACCUUCUUCCCUUGGUCAAGGAGGAUCAAGAAGACAUGCAGAGACAACAUCCUUUGAAGCCUGAAUCCAGGAUUGGAAAAUUUUGCUCCUGCAUAUGCUACCGUUCUCAGAAUUGUGAUAGUCCCCCUGGAUCACAUCAGGAACAUUUGAGUUGCCAUACUAAUUCAAUUUACUACAAUUCAAUUUCCUACAAGAUUGAUGGUAUUUCAUUAAGCACAAGGGACAAUACAACUUUGUCGUCACCCGGCAGCACACUAUCGCCUGGUCACUACAGUCUUGGGGAGCACCUGAGGACCCGAAGAAAAUCCAUAUAAGCAUUGUAACAGUAUAUGGAUACAUAUGAGGUCCAAUACCUUUAUUAUAUCUAGGGAAUUAACUGGUUAUCAUGCCAAAUAUGAGUUUCAUGACUUUGUACAGAACAAGUCAGUUAGUUUGAAGGAACUGUUUUAUCAGAUCAUUUUAUCCCCCAGAUCACUGGUACUGAUAACUUGUUUGACACGCAGUACAGUCUAUACAGUUUGCUAUUAAUUUCUUCUUUCGCCCAUCAAGGCAGCUGCCCAGAAACAGAGACUGUUGUGCAAGAAAAAAGGGUCACAAGAGAAAUCUAAUGAAACAGCAGCAGUCAUUAAAAUGAGCUAUAAAUUCUAUCUAGUAGAUAUAUGGCAUCAAUUUAAUUAUACUUUGUUCUGGGGGAUGCAAGAAAUAUUGAGAAAAAACUGUAAUAAUUCUCUUUAAUGUUUUUCUGAAGGAAAUUCAUUGGCAAGUGCCAUAUAAAUCUUGGAGGUGCCAGCCAGUUGGGACUCUCAGUUAUUCUUUGAGCUGCAUUUUUAGCUUUCCCUGCCAAUCAAAGGUGGGCUGAGCAAAGUUCUAGACCUUUCACCUUUCUACAUAUUUAGAAUAACUUCAAGAAGGUAAAUUUAAAAUAGUGUAUAUCACAAACUAGCCAACAAGUCAGUGGUAGUGUAUUAUUGAGUAAGAACCUCCCAAGGAUUAGCCGACAAUAUUCUGUAAUUAAAAUUAAACAAACAAACACACAUUUUGAAAUCAUCUCCUAUUGAACAGUAGACUGAGAAACAGCAGAUAAAAUAAGGUUGCUUACUGACAUUUGAGUACUUGUAUG